CCCUGACUUUCGUGAAGUCAGUGGCGAAGCAUACCUUGUAUUUUAUAUCAACGAUACCAUUCUCCUUGUUACCAUGAAUAUCUUCAGAAGCUUAAUUAGCAAAGUCUGGCAGGAUCCGAAUGCUGCGGAAGUGGUCAAGAUCUCUACAGGGCAGCUCUUUCUUCUCCGGCCAGGCAAUAUCCGCACCUCCAGAGAAUGCAUCUACAACGAUGCAAUGGCGACUAUUCGUCGCGUCCCCAACGUAGAACACAAUUUUUUGUUGGUUAUCACCAGAGUUUAUGAAGAGGGAGGUCAGGAACUUUUGGAAGACGAGGAUGAAACUGACGAAGAACGCGAAUUUCUCAUCAGCCAAGAGCUCGAAUUCCGAACCGACAAGACACCCGAAGGCGACCCAACAUUCGUGUGGCGCGACCUGGCUGGGGAUGUGGACGAGUUUUUCGAAUUCCUGGCGAUCGGAACAAACGACCCCACAAAGGUGUUCUUUGAAACUUGCAUGUACCGCGCAAUGUACGAACGCAAAUACGCGCGCAGUGCAGACAGUGUCGCUGAGCCUGAUUUGGAAGAAUUUGUGUUCAGACCUCGCACCGUGAAGAAACCUCCUCCUAGGCGCAAAGUUGCCAAAGCGCCAUCCACUUCAUCCGUCGAAGAAGUGAAACCACCUUCUCCCACCGCGAACACCUCUUCGCCCAAAGGCAAAGGGAAGGCCCCUGCAGCCAAGCAACUUCCCGGAACUCCCGUGUACGAAUUAGAGGAGAUUGAACUCUACCACUGGGAAGGAGAACAAGGCUUCGUUAAUCAAGGGAUUUUUUCGGCACAUAUUGUUAAAACGGGCCAGUAUAGCUAUGUUUUGUGUGCCUCUACCGAUGAGGGCAUACUACUUGAACAUGAUUUGAACUCAAGCAUGAACCCCAAAUUCAAUCCCCGAAUGCAUUCGGUUACAUGGAACCAUGUUAAAGAGGGUCAGGAUGUGAACAGCUGGCUGUUUGCUUUUCCUUCAGAAGAGGAGUAUUCCAAGUUUUGCACGAUAUACCUACAAUGCGGAUGGGAAACACUCAACCAGUUACCUUUCAGCAAGAUCAAAGAGGAGGAUAGGAGAUAUGUUAUGAGCUCAACCAACGAGGAUGUGGAGAUGCUUGAUAUUGAGGACGAGGAAGAAGACGAAGAGGAGGUUUUAUCUGAACUAGAUCCUGACGAAGAAAGCGAGUCUGAUUCAGAAGAGGAAUACGAUGAUGACGAAGAAGAGCCGCGUCCGCUUGACGGUGACAGCAAUUCUCAACUUACCGUAGGCUAUCGAGGGGACAACGCCUUCGUUGUCCGCGGUAACAAUAUUGGUGUUUUCCGGCACAAUCCAGAUAGUGGCGCGAUGAGAUAUGCUGGUACAAUGAGCAAGAUCUCGACCCCGAAAGGACAGGUGUUCAAACCUCAAAAUAUCAUGCUUCACGAACAAGACACCAAAAUGGUGUUGAUGAAUCCUUCAGAUCCGCACUCUCUUUACCAGGCAGAUGUCGAAUACGGAAAGGUCGUCGAAGAGUGGAAAGUCCAUGACGAUAUCACUGUCAGCCACAUCGCACCGACAGACAAAUUUGCACCGACCACACACGAGCAAACCCUAGUCGGAGCCUCUCAUAACGCAUUAUUCCGCAUUGACCCUCGUAUCUCAGGUUCCAAGAUGGUGGACAGCCAAUACAAGCAAUACGCUGGGAAGAACAAAUUCUCUGGUGUUGUGACCACUGCAAGUGGGAAGCUCGCUGUGGCGAGCGAGAAGGGCGAUCUACGUUUGUUCGACUCGAUCGGGAAGAACGCGAAGACCGCGCUUCCUCCAUUGGGUGAUCCUAUCAUUGGUAUCGAUGCCACCGCAGAUGGCCGCUGGAUUGUUGCGACUACCAAAACGUAUUUACUGUUGAUUGACACACUGAUUGGGGAAGGCAAAUAUCAGGGUAGCUUGGGAUUCGACCGUAGUUUCCCCGCCACCGCGAAGCCUAUUCCGCGGCGGCUCCGACUCCGGAACGAGCACGUCGCGUACAUGAAUCACGACAUCUCAUUGACACCUGCCAGGUUUAAUACCGGCGAAGGCCAGGAAGAGAACGCUAUCGUCACAUCCACUGGCCAAUUUGUGAUCGCCUGGGACUUUGCCAAAGUCAAGAAGGGUCUUCUUGAUCGUUAUGAGAUCAAGAAAUAUGAAGACAAAGUCGUACAGGAUAACUUUAGAUUUGGGGAUGAUAAAGAGAUUAUUGUUGCACUAAAGAACAAUGUUCUUCAAGUGAACAAGAAGGCUUUGAAGAAGCCUACACGACAAUCUCUCGGUGUAGGAACGGGAGCAAGCAGAUCUAAUAUUGUGAACGCCCCAUAUUGAGAAAGGACUACGAACUUCAGU